UACAGUGUUACUUGCGGAGAUCCAGGCACGAUGCUGAUGUUGAUGCUAGCAACCGUGGCCACCGUGGUCAGGGCUCAGCCACUGUGCCGGCCUUAUACAGUGAGGACCGGGAAAGUGUUUGGUUCUAUGCACCAAGUUGAAGGGGACGUGCUGUUUUACGCCUACCCGACCACACUGGUGCUCAGGGACCUGUGCGAGAGAAACGUUUUCUUGUACCUAGGGGAGAAGAUUUUCAUGUCGAGGAACAGCUUUCGGACCAGCCUCCCACCGCUCACCAUCCCCAAGUCAAUGGCGGUGGGAGUGCCAUCAGUCACCAGUGCCCAUUUUACUAUUGACUCAUUACUGGUGUUCGUGGUGAAUGAAAAAGUCUACACUUACAAUUACCUCGAGGACACCUGGAAGAAGCCAGCAGGUAUAUCAACGCCUGUUUCACACAUUAGCGGCGACAUUUGCUGUUUCAAAACCAGCUUUUGCAUGGAAUUGUCGAAUGCUCUAUUUGCGUAUCUCCGUGGUGGCCUGCUGCCUGACACCAACAUAUACGUCUCUGACAACGGAGGAAGCUCGUUUACUCUCAUGGAGUCUGACAGACUGGAUCAUUUGGAGGGGACAUUAGGAGGCAUCUUCAACUUUUAUUCAGUUUCGCAGGUGGGGAUACUUGUGGUUAAAUUUGAUAUGGCUAUGUUUUAUUACACGGAGUACCCCCUGAACCAGAGUACAGGGGUAGACUUUAAGUACAAUGAACCCCUUGACGUCAUCAUCAAACCAGACCACAGGGGGUUUCUGAUCCUCUGGAGUCAGAGCGGCCUGUUGGUGUCCUCCAGUGCAGGCCAGAUCAUAGACACUGUGCGCCUGCUGGAGAAGAAGACCCUGGUGACGCAAGAUCUCUCUACAACCAACAUCACUAUCCACAGUGUGGCCUGGGAUACUUUCGAGCUGGCUCUGCUGACUCGGGAAAAUCACCUAUACUACGGGAGUCAGAAUUACCUGGGAACCGAUAUGAUUAAACUGAUGGAUCAGGCUCUGUGGUCUGACGGCGCCACCAUCUUUUUUAAGGACACCGGCAUCCUGGAGGUUCUCACCCCGGUUAUUGACCCGGAGUCCCCAGCAUAUGACUUUCUCAAGUGUACUGUGAAUCUGCAGGCCAUUCUCAUGACGCCUGACCUGGACAUUGACCCGUGUAAUGUGGAGGUUCUGGAAAGCACCAUGGUAGAUCAAAUGUUCACAUUAGACAUGAACAGCCAGCUGAAGCUGUCUGCCCUCCUGAUACCCCGGCCUGGCAAGUUCCCUAUCCCACUGGUGAUGAUCAGCAACCCCCAUGCCCUGGGGUUCGAGGCAAGCAUCUCUGAGUUUGGCAACACGUUCGACGGCAACUACAAGUACAAACUGGAAAUUGAUCUCCAACAACAGCACCACUUGGGCGUUGCAGAUCUCAACUUCACCACCAGCAUCAAGCGCCCUGCCAUCUCCUCCAUAAACGUGGACAUAGCUGACAAAACACUUGCAUGUGUGGACCUGAAGCCCCUGUCCACGCUCGUCUCAGUUGGCUGUGACCUGACUAAGAAGAUCAUCGUUCAGAACAAAAUCUCUGCCUGCGAUAUGGGACUCCUGGACCCAGUAGAGCUGCAGAGAAACUACACUUAUGUCAUUGAGAAGGAAGCGUACAGGCCAGUCAGCCAUGACGCCGAGGCCCAAAGCGACCUGCUGGUGUAUUACGAGUACAAGGGCCUGGGCUGCCCCCGCCUCGUCUACUACGACAAGCCGUGGAAGCCCGUGGUAGAGCUGUGGAAGAAUGGGGUUUUAGAAGAAAUCAUGAAUGCCGAGUACGUGAUCACUGAGAUCAACGGGAUAGUCACAUACUCCUACUCCCUGACAGCCGCCAAAGCGCGCUGCCGGUCACAGCCUCAGAACUGGAGCUUGUUUCACUCGGGAGUUUCUUUUGAAGCGAAAGGAGACGAAGCAUUCCUAUGGAACAGAGAGAACUAUGCCAGCUGCCACGAGGCCAAUAAAGACAAUCCUCUGCUGUGGCCUAACGUCGAGUAUCAGAUCUUAGGCGGCCCGACAAACAACAGGAUUAUUUUUGGCCAAAGAAAUGGAAUCUAUACCUUCCUUCUCUCAGUGGUGGAUCCGUACUACAGCUACUGUGACCUGGACACCGUGUUCAGCGUGUACGUGUACGGGGCCUUACCCGUGGCCAAGUUCCCACCGGUGCUCAGCGUCAUCUUCCUAGUCGUCACGUCGCUCUUUACUAUGUGGCUGUUCUAUGCCAUUCCUAAGUUUCUGAGGACUGGCAGGGGCCAUCGCCUUAAGAAAUUCUGUGGCUGGGUAUUCUUUGGCUUCCUGUGGUGGGUGUGCGCCUGUGGCUGGCUACAGUACAUAGUGCAGAAGUGCUUGGCCUUCAGAAAGGCUAAAGUGACGAAGAAAGCCUCAAGUGUGCUGACAAGCCAGACAACAGAAACAGAA